AUGGAAGAACUCCUGCUUCAUGGUGCGAGUAUGCAGGCGGCACUCGUCGAGGCCGUGACGGCACAGGACGCCUCAACGGUCGGCUUGCUGUUCCGUCUACGAGGGGUGAAUAAAUGGACGCUUGGGGCUUCAUUCACGCUCACCGAAGAGUACCGUUACAAGGGAAAGCGCAUAUCCCUCACUCCCCUCGAAUUAAGUGCCGCCCUCGGUGAUGAAGUCACCGCGGGAGUCAUUCAAAAAGCCUUGCUGGCAUCGCAUGGCCACGACCGGGGAAAUGAUAUGGUUGCCUCCGCUUUUGGAACCGCGCUGAACCUAGCUGAUAUCGACAUGGCGUCUAUUCUUUCCGGGUUCUUCGAUGCAUGGAAGCCUUGGGCGACGCGGAGCGACAAGCAGGGAAAUAACCCACUGGCACUUCUUCUCAAAAUGAUCCUCGCCUCAGACGAGGAAAUCGUUCAGUCAAACCAGGCAAAACUCCAGGCCAUUGCCGGUAAUCUCGUGCGUAGUGUAGCAGCAGACGAGAGGGACUGGCUCGUGUUUAAGAACAGCAGCGGCGAGUCAGUUGUCAACAUGUUCGCCAACAAUAUAGCCGAACUGGAGUUUCUCGAAUCACAACUUCGCGAGACCUCGCUUGACCACCACCUGCAAGCAAGGAGGCGGAGAGCACAGAACAUUCCACAGUCGCGCGUUCUAGGUGCAAUGCAGAAGCGCCAUGCGAGGUUCACAAUCGGAGGCGACGAAAGUGAGGAUGCUGGUCAGGACGACGAGUAA